ACCUAGGUAUCAGUAUUGUUUUGCUUUUCAGUUUGGCAGGUUCGUGAUAAAAUGAGCGUCUUAUUCAAAGUACAAAACAAUAAAUUUAAAGAUGGAAAUUUGUUUAAUAAAAGAGUAAUAUGUAAAACAUCAUCAAAAAAUAUUGUGGCUUUUUGCAUUUCGCAAGAUGCUCCAUAUUUCGGUACCAGCAAUUAUGUAUUCGUGUGCGAUAUUAUUUCACCGUGGCAUUUCUUUAAAGUGACUUGCUCAAAAUCCGAAGUAAACAUUUUGGAAUGGAAUGCUACCGGUGAAUUACUUGUUAUUGGUUAUCGAAGUGGUGAAAUUGAAAUAUGGUCCCCACAUAACCAAGUGCUCAAUUCCUGGAGUCUCGUAUAUAAGGCUUUGCUGUCGAAUGAAGAAAUUUUAGAUUGUAAGUUUUUUCACAAUGGAAAGGCUACGUAUUUUAAUACAUUAAAACGGGAUAUGCCAAUUUAUACUGACAAAUUUGAACGCAGUGACUAUCGUCCGAGCUUAACUCAAUUUGGCAGUUCGUUCCAUGAAGGUUGUCUAAUAUUAACAUCUUCGGGACUACUUGGUGCAUUUAUCAUACCAAAACUCAACCAUUAUGGAGAAAACGCUGUCAGUCAACCAACUCUCGAAUUGAAUGUAACAACGCAAAGUAUCGGCUUAUCACGGAAAUUUAUAGCUACUAGUAGUAUAUCUCACUGUUCCAGUGGGUACUUUAAUAUCGCUAUUAGCUAUGGUGCCAAAGAACAUCUACUCCAUUGCUUUAAAGUAAGCCUGGCGGUGAAAAGUGAUGACAGUAUAAACAUAAAGUGUGAGUCUUAUUUAAAUUUAUUUUAUUUAACAACUGAACCGAAGAGUAUAAAUCAUGUACGUUGGGCGAAAAUAAACAACGAUGAUAUCAUAUGGCUUGCUUACAGUAGUGCAGAAGGCAAACAUAUAUUGGAACAGUGGAAUCUGAAUAAAAAACCUCAAAGUGUACACAGAGUCUUACAAAAGAAUAAAGGUGAUUUUAUAUGUACGGAAGCUUGGGAAAGUGUUUCCAAGGUAUUUUUUGCUGCUGAGAUUAGCGACGUGUGUAUAUCAAAAUUAUUAUGCGAUUUUGUGCGAUUAUACAUAGUUUUAAAAGAUAACACUGUACAGAUUUUAGAACCUGGUUUAAAAAAGAUUUCUGCCAUUGGUUCCGAACGCUUAAAUGAUGAUCGACAAGUCGGAGGAAAAUUUGUAGUUGGAGAUGUAACUUGGCUAAAUCAAAUUUUAAUUGUUUUUGAUAAUUAUGGAAAUUUGUAUGCUCUACAGAUACCUAAUACACAUCAUGAUAAAAACUUUAUGCAUAAUACAUUGUCACUGCAAUUAUCUCUACUGGAGUACAGCAUAACGACGGGUAUAGAUGCAAGUGAUGUGCUCAUGUUAAAUUUGCUCAAUUUGGAUAUAUUAAUUGAAAAAUUAACAGAAAACUUUGCAAGACAAUCUGCAUUUACAAGACAUUUUUACUACUCAAACUUUUUAUCAUUGAAGAGUAAUAUGUGCAGAAUACAAUCAAAGCAACAAGAUUUUGAUAAUCUCAUUAUGUUGCAUGCUAUUUCUAUUACGUUCAAAAGUCUAUUAAGACCUUCUGAUUUGAGUUGUCAUGACAAAGGUCCAGCGGAUAAUUUAGCAAUUACAUUGUCUGAACCAUUGGCUGAUGUUGAUAAAGUACUAUUUAAUUUAGAUGCCAAGGAUUUUACAGUCGAGCCAUUAACUCUUCAAAGUCUACAACAACUUAUACAGUGGGUUACUGAUUUAGCACUUACUAUACUUAAAAAACUACCAGAAGAAGUAAUUAAAUCAAAAACGAAAAAACAAGGCUAUGAUAUUAGCAGAGAUAUUGUUGCCAUUAGUAGUAUAAGGGAACUAUUGGUAAUGAUACGUAUAUGGGGCUUAUUAAACUCACAGUGUUUACCGAUUUAUACAAAAUCUGUGGAAAAUACUGAUGUACUUUCACUUUUAUUCAGACUUCUAACACGCUUAGCACAAAAUACUUCUGAUCCAGAUGAAAUGCUUAUCGAUGAAUGUAGUACUCUUUCAACACAAAUUCUUAUACCAUCAAAAAACUUUCAUCCAUCCACAACACUACUUAACACACAUAUAUUAAUGAUGAAACCAUUAUUAUUUUCUACUGAUAAAGAGCCAGUUGGUUUACAAGAUGUAUAUUAUGAUGAAGUGGUUUUUCAAAACGGUAUAAAGGAUGGAAUUUAUAACAUAAAUUUGGGUUGCAUUAAGACUCCUGUUAAGAAAUGUAACCGAUGUGGAUGUGUAAAUAGCAUGGUAAAAAUUGGAAAAACCUCAGCAUUGAAGAGUUGGUGUAAUCGUUGGAUAUACUGCCAUUGCGGUGGAAAUUGGAAAUUAGCUUAAAUUAAGUUAGCUUAUAUAAAAUAAUUUUAAUUUUUAACAAAAGCAUAUUUUUUAGUUUUAAAUGUUUAGUUUUUAACAAUAUAUUGUUUAUGGCAAUAGUACAUAUAAUUGUAACAUAGAAAUGAAAAGGAAAAUGCUAAAUUUCAUGCAGUUUUAAAAGUUGAUAACAUAGUUCUCAAUCUUUAAAUAACUUAAGCCAGUCAAUCUAUUUAUUAUAAAAUUUUUGAAUGGACGGAUUGUGUAAUAUGGAUAAAAACAACUAGUUUCAAUUUUCCAUUCGCCCACAAAAUCACUUUAUUCUUUUUUAUCUCAUCCAAUCCAAUUACUUUUGUGCCUUCUUUUUAUACACAUUAAAUUUAGCAUUUUCCUGUAAUUAUCGACAACUUACCUAAUAAAAGUAUAUAUAUUA